AUGAUGGAACAGGAAUGCAAACAGUAUUUAAAUCAGAUGGUUCAACACAAACAGGUAUUAAUGUACUGUUUCUGGUGCCUCAUAACCCGCCGAGGGAUUACUGCCUUUAAUAUAUGCUCGGAUGGGGUGUGCCACUUGAUGGGGUCGCAUUUUCACCACUGGAUUGACUAUAAUGGGGUUGCUUUUAGAGUUUCUAGAAGGUGGUCGCAAAUUUUCGGGAUUUUGGUGGAUAAGAACAUCUCCUGGUAAAUAGGGGUUUAGAGAUGAGAAGAUUCGAGGUUAAUCAGCUGUUACCGCGACAAAAAAAAGUGACUCACUUGGGAUUGCAGAUGCGGACUAAGAUGGAGUUUACAAUUAGCCAGCGGCACAUAUCCAUCAUGAAUUGACCCGAGAUUGGGUGUUCUUUUUUUUCUUUUUUCAUUCCGAGAGAUAAAAAUAGAUAAUUAUAAAUUGAGGACACGAUCGCAGGCAAAGUGGUUUGCAGCUUUUAGGAACCUUGUUGUACAAUAGAUCUGUUUCAUGAGGGUACACAUUCAGGUUAUUCAUGCAACACCGACAUUUUAUCCAAAAUUCCCCUCAAUUUAGUAAUUCCCACGGUUUCCAAUCCCGAACGCGUGUUUCAAAAUGCCUACAGCCUGAUGCUCAUGAGCUCUUGAUUCUCUCCUCCGCUCCGGAGACCCGUGAGAAAUAGCCGUGUAAGAAACGUGUAACGAUCAUCAUUGACGCCUGACAGCGCGGAUGAAAAUAAUAGUUUAUGACAUUUAACGAAAAGCAACUUACUUUGCCGUAUUGCCAGCCCUUAUUUAGUUUUGUUUACUGAAUUCCCACUUCAAGUGGCGUCUGGUAUGAGCAUCUCUACAUUUGAGAUCCGGCAAGAAAGAACCAGUCGGUUUUAUCUACGCUUCGAGUGGACCUCUGCAUUCAAGGAUUUGUAACGUACUUUCGUCACCGGAUUUCGGUUAGAUGAAAACCAACGUUUCCCAAAUGCCGCUACUUCAAAGUCACCCAAUUUCCAGGGUUUUUUCCCAAAUCUCACGCCUUUUUGCUCUAAAAACCCGAAUCCUGACCCUCAAAGGUUUCAAUAAUCUGGUUCCUUAUUGAAAACCAUUUGUGGGUUGGGGGCAUUGGACGGUCACGGUAAAAGCAGCAAACGGAGCUUCCGGCUUGUGUUGUUGUUGUUUAAAGCUCUAUUUAACAAAUCGACCACACUUUUCCAUGGUCUACACUCUUAUAGACCAUAGAAAUGACCUCAUAAAAUGUUCAAAACUCAACUGGAACCACGAGCCGCAGGUGAAUGGUUUCACUGCAAAGUUUUAUGGUGUCAUUUCUAUAAAAAAAGGGAAGCAAAAACUCUCUUUAUUAUGUCGGCAGUAUACGGCAACCUUAGGAAACGCACUGCCUCAUACCCUUUUUUCAGAUCAAAAAUCCAAUGGGGUAACCACCCGAUCAACACACACUCCCUAGCACCUGUCAAUUGUAAUAUGAAUAAGUCAGCACAUGGUCAGUCUCCUUUUUUUGCCAUCAUGCAACACUCCUCCCCUAAAAAAGAAGACUACCAUCCCGGUGGGGGCGGGGGCACUCUACAACGUUUUAUACAGGGAGGCUGCGCCCGAGGUUCAACCGACCUUACCCGUUUAUAUACCAUUUUUGGCACGACUACCACAAAUUCAGCUUGUGAUAUCCGCGGCUUAUUUCGCCAUUUCAGGGUUUCAUAAGAAUGGCUGAUCUGAUUCAACUGACGUUUAAAAUACUGAUGAAGUUCACAUACGGAAGAGACAUGACUGCAGACGAGCUUCAGGAGUUACUCGAUCUCAGAGCUUUAGUGGAGUCACUUAUCGGAGAUACUUUCUCAAACCCUUUUGUCAAGUUUCCGCUUUAUAAAUACAUGCGUACAAGCACUAACAGGAAACUGGCGCAAUUUGAAAAGCGAUGGCUGCUAUUCAAUAAGCGGUAAGAAGGGUUCAUUUUACGUUAGUUAACGCAAACAAGAUAGUUAUCUCGGACGAAAUAAAGGAAAAGUAAGAACUCUACAUCUCCGUUUCCAUUUUAAUUUUAGUUUAGUUUUGAUACCCUUUUAUUGCACUGCCUUGUCCAUUUCAACCAGUAGGCAAGUGUUUUCGUUGUGAAAAUUUUAAUUUCUCUUUUCUUAGCUUUCGUUUCUUGACUUACCUUUAAGGAGCGUUUUGCCAAAGGAAAAUUUCGAGACACAAGCUGUGUAUUUUACAAGCUCCAGCAAACUCUUGCAAAAAAUCCGGGGGCACUUUCAGAAGAUGAGGUAAUGUUGGGGGUUUAGACAAUAAGUUUUGGGUUGGCUGGUAUUAUACCUAUAUGUAUAAUAUCAUUUUGUAAUUUCACGUUCGGAUAUCAAAAUGCGAGUGGAAUCUAGGAUAACUUUGUAUAAUAAAUGUGUUGUCUUUUUCCAGUUAGUUCCUAUUCGUUAGUAGUUUUCAAGAACUUUUUAAAAUACGAAAUACGUGUAAAUGAUGUUUUGGUAUUUCUUUAAAACUGUCAUACAUAUUUGAACCCAAGAAGACCCUAUGAGUGUAUAUAACGGUUGAUCCGUUUUGUGAAAAAUUGCUCUACUUCUCUACCUACACUAUAGGCGCGUGUUUUUGGCCUUCCAUAACCAGGAUAGCCAUGGGCCAACUUCUCACGAUUUGUUUUUCCUUUGAGGGAGUCGCUUGAUAUUUAAAUUUCUAAGGGUAUAGUAUGAGAAUAGGUCACUGAGAAUGCUGAAUUUUUAUUUCAGUUUAGCUUUUACUAAGAAAUCUGAGACUCAACCUGACAACGCCCUUUUAAUAGAGGACCUUUUUGAAGUAGUUUGGCCUUUUAGGAUUUAACUGGGUACCUAAUAGACAUGUUUCUUUUGAACUUUCUGAGUUGCAGACGUUUCACAUAGAGCGAUUCAAAUUCAAUUCCUUUUAGGGCGUUAGUUACAGUAAAGCAGCACUUCUUGCCGUGAUUCAAAUUCUAACAAAAGACUUUUUGUUUUGUCUAGUUUGAGCAAACCCUGGAGGAAGCUUCUCUUGCUAAUGUGGACAUCACUUGCGGAGCUGUGGCCUGGCUUCUAUUCCAUGUAGCACUUCAUAAAGAUGUGCAGAAAAAUCUUACAGUUGAAGUCAAGAAUUCCAUUUCACGCGGAGUAAGUAAAUAUUUUAGCGAAUACUUUUUCUUUUGUUGAAGCUGAGUGCAGCCUAAAAGAAAUACCGGGAAGUCUGAGGAGUUUGUUUAUUGACAAUGUUUGUUUGUUUGUUUGUUUGUCUUCCCUUCGAUAAAGCCAAUACUUUAUAUUUGAAAGACCCGCAGAGCCUUACGAUGUAUUGAAAACAGAGUUCCGAUUCCGCUUAUCACUCCGUCGAUUACGAUUAAUCGGGGAACGAGCAGUCAGCUUCUUUUUACACCCUAAAACACACAGUAACGUUAAAACUGAAUGUGUUUUAAAAAAGUAUCAGAUAUUUCGCGAAUGCUUGCUCAUUUUCUGACUGGCUUAUAACAGAUGGAAAAGCUUUCUUUGUGAUUUUAUAAUUUCAGUUUUUAAAUAACAAGAAUUUUUGCCCGUGAGCAGGCUUCCUCACGAAUGAUGAGGGAGGCUAUGAGCCUUUGACUGAUGCCACGUGAUAAUAAAAUUCAGGACUAGAAUUUUUUUCCGAGAAUGUCCAAAUGUCUAAACGUCUUGUUGUGUUUGUUUUCUUAUUCAAGUUUAUUGUCUUUUCAGCUUUCAGAACCGUUAAGCUUAGAGACACUAACUAAACUGGAUUUGCUGGGUAAGGUGGUAAAAGAAUUAGCCAGGAAGAGGCCGGUAAUGGUAAUAAGCACUCCAGAAUAUGUGACUUGUCCAAUGGUUAUUGGGAAUUUCCAAAGUCCCCCUGGGGUAAGUAGUGAUUAGCGUGCAAAAGCAGGGCUCCUGGUUAUUAGGAUAUCUUAAGGCCUCCUAAAGCGCGCGAAGAGUGUCCCCGCUUGCUUUAGGUUUUCGAAAGCUGUUUUUAAGGUUAGGUGUCAUGUGACUUAUCUUAGACAUUCAAAUAGGGAGCUUAAGGGCCUGUUUACAAGGGGUGGGGGAACCCAGGUAGGUGAGGUAACACGCUUAGGUGAGGAAAAACAAUAACCCUCCUUUACAUACAAUCUUACAACCCCGCCAUCCCGGGGUGCACUUUCUCACGAUUAUUGAAUGGUCGCUAAGCACGUAAACAAGAAAAAUGCUGGCAAACCACGUGUUUUGGUGGUUAAUACUCCUCUACACUCACAUACUGCUUUUGCUGCAACCUUUAGUGCUGUGGCUUUCUUUUGUUGCCUUUAAGAAUGAUGCAAAGCCACCGCCAAAGUGAAUUUUGAGCGAAUUUGACGUAUCAUGAAUCCGACCCCGGUUAGGCAGGUUACCCCACCUUGGAAAGUUUACAUGGCAAAAUUUGACCCCUGCUGAGAGGGUUGGUUACCCGGCCUGGCAGACCGGGCUACCCGCCUUGGCGGGUCACCCCACCUAUCAUGUGAAUGUGAUCAGAUUAAAAUGAGAGAUUAUAUGGACAGGCGGGUUACCCCAACUAAGAGAGUAACCUCACCCACCUGGGUCUCCCACCUCCAUGUAAACAGGCCCUAAGCAAUGACGACGGCAACAGCAACGAGGAAAGCAAAAACGCAAUAGGUUGAAUAGGCAUACAAACAACUUUACACGUGCAUCGCGCUUUUUUGUACACUGCACGCUGACAACGACGUGAAAAUGCCUAAUUUCAUGUUUUGUGAAGGAAAGGCUUGGGAAAUUAUUAGGAUUUGGACAAAACGCGCGUGAAAGUACGUGAACAUAAGACGACUUUCUUUUCCUUUUCCUGAACGUUUAUGCCAUCUUUUAGAAUUCAACUCCAGAAUAGUUUCCCAGUAUUUGAUGAAUUGAGCGAGAUGGAAUAAGCGCGAUUAGGUUUGACGCAGCGUGAAUUCACUUUUUAGUAACGUUUUCGAGCCGUCCCCUUGUUUGUUGCUUAAGCUCCCUAAUAUCAUGACGCCGACCAUUUAUUCGCUUGACCAACGCACGAGUGAUUAUGCAGACGAUGAAAAAUGGUCAAACAUAUAACAUUUAUCUUGAUUAUGCUCAUAAAUCCAGGAAAAGAUCGUUUGCACGUGACGUCGCGGCGGCCGUAUUUGCCACUUUCACGUUGCCCAUAAUGCGCUUUGUUUUCCCUACAACAUUUUACUUAAGUAUUCUCUUCAAUUUCUCUUGGGACUAUUAAUAAUCUUCCCUUGACAAAUUGAAAACAAAACUUCUGCCAAAUUUUAUGGGGACGUAAAAGUCGCAAAUUGAGUACAAAAACAAUGAAACGGCGGCCAUGUUGAUGUACCAACUCUUUCCUCUUUUAAAAAGUAUAUUUGUUGCGUGAAACUUGUAUAGCCAUUGAUCACAUGAGUAAAAAUGAUCUAUAUCAAAAGGAACUAUCUAUACAUACAGUCAUUUUUAUAUUUCCCCUACUGUACGUUUGUUUAUUCAAUUGUGCAAUACAUUUUUUUUAAACUAAAGAAUUCAUGGUCAAUCUCGUAGCCAGGAUCUUCUGGCUGUUUGACCAACGGGGCAAGACUCUAGAUACGAGAUUGAUCCAUGGUAGAAACAUGAUCUCUGACGAUCAUCAUUGCCAUAAGUUAACAAGAGUUUUCGAGAUGAUGUAACUGUUUUCAGCUACUUUCUGUAAAUGUUUAAAUGCCAAACACUUUUUUCGUUUGUCUUUAGGUCGAGGUAUCUGUUGACAACAGCGCAGUCAAUAGCAACACAGGAGUCUGGGGCGACACGGAAACUUUCAAUCCCCGAAGAUUUGAUGACGAAACACCAAACAUGCGCAAAAGCUUGUGUCGCUUCGGUAUUGGACCGCGAAGGUGUAUGGGAUACCGGGUUGCAGACACCUUUAUGAAAGUUUUACUGGUCACAUUGUUGGAAAACUACUCUGUUGCCCUGGAGACGGACGUGACAGGUGAUGAUGACAGUGUACCCGUUCAAAAGGUUGGGCCAUUUUGCUUUCCGUGCGUGGACUUCAAAGUUCAAGUUGCGCAGAAAAAUGUUACUUCUUAA